CAAACAUCCCCAAUCUGCCAAGAUUCCAGAGGAGCUGCCAUCUCUACCGAAAUCAUGGCGGCAGCGGCUUCGGCUCCUCCUUUGAAAGGGAUCAAAGUCUUGGAGUUUGCCGGCCUUGCUCCUGGCCCCUUUGCAGGCCUCAUACUCGCCGAUGCGGGCGCUUCAGUCCUCCGCGUCGACAGGCCUCCCUCCAGCUCUGAAGGCGCAGUGCCAACCCCGGAUAUGCUCGCCCGCCAUAAAUCAUCCAUCAUCGUCGAUCUAAAGAACCCCCGUGGCGUGGCCCUCAUCAAGCGCCUCGUAAAGCAUAUUGACGUUCUCAUUGACCCAUUCCGGCCCGGCGUGUUGGAGAAACUCGGCCUCGGACCAGAUGAGCUGCUCGCUAUCAAUCCGCGUCUCAUCUACGGCCGCAUGACGGGAUUCCGCCGCGACGGCAAGUACGCCGACAUGGCUGGCCACGACAUCAACUAUCUGGCCGCAUCCGGGGUCCUCGCCCUCCUCGGGAGACCAGGCGAGAAGCCGCUCCCCCCAUGGAACAUCCUGGCCGACUUUGCAGGCGGAGGCGCCAUGCUCGCCCAGGGCGUGCUUCUCGCCAUCAUAUCGCGCCUCUCCUCGGGAAAAGGCCAAGUCGUCGAGGCAAACAUGGUAGACGGCAGCUCCUAUCUUGCGUCCUUCCCCCGCAUGUCCCUCAAAACACCCCUAGGCGACAACCCGCGCGGCAACAACAUUCUCGACGGAGGCUGUCCCUGGUACGACACGUACGAGACCUCCGACGGCGAAUACAUGUCCGUCGGCGCCCUCGAGCCGCAAUUCUUCCAAGCUCUCCUCAAGGGCCUCCGCUUACAGGGCCAAGGAUGGGAGUCUAAGCGCCACGACCGUUCUUCAUGGCCUCGUCUUCGCGCGCUCUUCGCCGAGACGUUUAAAAGCAAGACUCGUGAUGAGUGGGAGGCAGUUUUCGAUGGAACGGAUGCGUGCUGCGUCCCUGUGCUGCACUACAGCGAGCUGGAAUCGCAGCCCGGCAGGGAAGGCAACCAGAGGCCGGCGGUGACGCUACGGGACACACCAUGCUAUUCGCCCGCUGACAGAGAAGGAGGAGGUUACGUGGGAGAGCCUUUAGUCGCCGGCCAUGGAGGGGAAAGUGUUUUGAAGGAAUGGGUAGGGUGGGAGAAUGGAGGCCAGUACGAACUGGAAAAUGGGGUGGCGGUCUUGAAAGAGAAGGGAGGCGACUCCAAACUGUGACAGCAGGUUUUGGUACAUUAUCAUGUACAUGGACUUCACGAUUCAUCACUCAUAUAAAUGCCCAGGAAUAAUGUUCCCCUUUCUUUAUACAGCUAUCAUCAAAGCAGCACAAAGCGGAUGAUUUUGCGAUACAACUGAAUACAAAUGGAUUUCAUAGUUUUACAUUAAAGAAAAGAAAAUGGUUAUUCU